GAGAGAGAGAGAGAGAGAGAGAGAGGAUCACACAUGCUAUAAAUAGGAUUGCAAGAAGAGAGUAUGGUGUCAAAUUCACAAUCGAGAGAAUCAAUUAUAUAUAUUAGUGUGUAUUUAAGAGGUGCUCUCAAGGGUAAAAGCUAGCAUUUUUGUCUUCGGCCCUCCUGUUUGAUUGGAAAAAAAAGGAACUUGGAGAUUAAUGAAGAUGGAGCUGACUAGUGCUACUGGUAUACUUAAAAAUGAUCUUAUGUGUGAAGAGUCGUUUGUUGACAUUCGAAUAGUCACGGAAAGGGAUCUUAUGUGCGAAGAGCUGAUCAUUGAUGUUCCACUGGUCAUGGAGCCAGCCCAAUGGCCCGAGUGUUGCAUCUAUAGGGUCCCUAAGAAUCUUCGCCAAAUAAAUAAAGAAGCCUACAGUCCAAAGCUUAUCUCGAUAGGCCCUUUUCACCACGGUAAAGAAGAAGUGAGGGACAUGGAAAAGCUGAAAGUGAGAUACUUGAAGGAUUUUUGUUAUCGAACUGGAAAAUGUCAAAAAGAAAUAGCAAGGGUCAUUGAAGAAAAUGAAGUAAAGAUACGUCAUUGUUACGAAGAGAUCUUUGAUAUCAGCAGUGAAGAUUUCGUGAAAAUGGUUUUAUUGGAUUCCACCUUUAUCAUUGAGCUUUUCUUGAGAGCUAAUGAUAAAAAGGAUUGCAUGUCAAGUAAACCAUUGUUGAAUUGCCAUAUACAGGCAGACUUGAUAUUACUUGAGAAUCAGCUUCCAUUCUUCAUUCUCGAGGAGUUGCAUAAGAAAUUUUCCCGAAAACAAAACAGCGAUAAUUCAUUUUUUAUGCUUGCCAGCAAUUAUUUUACUUUGUAUAUCAAGAAUACACUAGCUGAGAAUAAUGAAGUAAAACAUUUCACUGAUUUGAUCAGAUAUUCUCGUCGCCCACAGUCAAAAUUAAAAUUCGAAGAGAGAUGUGAACUAUAUAGUGCAACAAAGCUACAUGCCGCAGGAGUGGUAUUCAAAAAGAAUGACAAGGAAGGUCCACUUGACGUAAAUUUCCAGAAGUGUCAACCCUUGGAUAAAUGUCCAUGCUUCACUUGCUUAUGGCUCUUAAAUUGGUUACCGUGCCUGAAAUGCUUUUGGUGCUUGGAACGUAUGCAACCUUUGUUGAAUUUCCCAAGCAUCACGAUAGAUGACGGAGCUGAAGGCCUUCUCAGAAACAUCAUGGCAUUGGAGCAAUGUCAUUAUCCACUUGAAGCUUACACAUGCAACUAUAUGUUGCUAUUGGAUUAUCUUAUCGACACCAGAGAAGAUGUGGAUUUGCUGGUUAAAGAAAAGAUUAUAGCUAAUCAGUUAGGAAGUAAUGAAGCAGUUGCCAAUAUGGUAAACAAAAUUAGCCUUGAAAUUGUGGAAAAUAAUUCUUGUUACGCUGAUCUCGCUAAAGACCUUAAUAAGCACUAUGAUCAAUGUUGCAACCAUAAUAUGGCAUCCUUGAGAAGUAUCUAUUUUGCUGAUGUUUGGAGAGGUACUGGAACUAUUGUGGGGCUUAUAAUCUUUGGAUUCACUUUCUGGAAUACCAUUAGGCCUUAUGUAAUCAAAUAGAUUCAGUCCGUUGAGUUUGAACUUGUCAUUUUGUUUAGCUUUGUGACAGCCUUUCAUCAAUUGGCUUGUCUAUCCUAUUCCCUAUAUUUGGCACUGGUUGUUUGAAUUUUUUUUUUUUUUUUUUUUUUUUUU